AUUAUGAUUACAAUUACAAUACAAAACAAACCUAUUGGAUUGGAUGUGCAAAACUGCAAUCAUUUAGUCGUUAGUGGUAACUUGUCUUGUUGCAAAGAUUGAAGAUUGAAUAUUUGAGUGAGUUUCAAGAACAUUUCAUCUCUCAAUUCCAAUCAUGGCCGACGAUAACUUUGAUACGUUUGAAGAUGAUGAACCUGAUGGAACCGUUGUUCUCUCUGGUAAAAAGAGGAUUUUCUCAAAGGAGCUUCGAUGUCUGAUGUAUGGUUUUGGAGAUGAUCAGAAUCCCUACACUGAAAGUGUAGAACUAUUGGAAGAUUUAGUAAUUGAAUUCAUAACGGACAUGACACACAAGGCAAUGGAAAUAGGUCGAACAGGCAGAGUUCAAGUUGAAGAUAUUGUAUUUCUUGUUAGAAAAGACCAAAGAAAAUAUGCCAGGGUUAAAGAUUUGUUAACAAUGAAUGAAGAGUUGAAGAAAGCAAGAAAGGCUUUUGAUGAGGUUAAGUAUGCAGUGGCUUCAUGAAAAAUACGGCUUUUGUCUGUGGAGAGGUGUGGCUUCAUUUCACGAUAGGACUUAGUUUUCUAAGACUACAUACUGUAAACCAUUUUCCCAAAACAUUUCUGCAGAUCAUACAUUGAUGGAGAAGCCUUAACACUGUAUUCAUUGCCAUUUAAUUUGUUUAAUAAAAAGUACUGUUUUUUUACGAAUUGUGAAAUAAAUUAUUUUUGUCAUAA